AAAGGUAGAGAGCUAAAUAAGUUUAUUGAGAGUUAGUCAGAACUCAAAAUCAAUCCUUAGUGUGAAUGACUUUGGUGGGGUUGCAUUUUUGUGAGUGAAGCAUCUUUUUCAAACUAUGCAGAGGAAACCAAAGACUUUCUCUCACUUAGAAAUAUGUAGAUUAAGUCAAGGAUCCAAAGCAUACUUGUAUAUGUCUGUCUUGUCUUGUGUGUUGACAUGUCUCUUGCGUCUUUAAACUUGAUUUUCUCUAUAGAGUGAAGCAAAAGAAAAGAUGGGCUUCUUCUGUCAUCCACUCCCCAAGAUUUGCUGAUUCAUCCUUUUCUGAUAGCGACAAUCUUCGUUUACCAAUCUUAGAUUCUUGAUUCUUGUUUUAUUUAUCUUUCUUGUACAACGAGACACUGUUAUGGCUUCUCUGUCUGAAAUCGUCGAGAAAGAGCUUGUAGCAUCACCAAGAAGCAAGCUUUCAAUAACAAGUGAAAGCAGUCUAGCUUCUGUUGCAUCCUUAUCCAUGCCCCUUAUUCAGGAGAUUGUUUUAUCAGCAGACAUCCAAUGUACUAACUGCCAGGAGAAAAUCGCUGACAUAAUGUCGAGGAUGAUCGCAAAAACAUACUCGAUAUUGGUGAGCGUGUUGGAGAAGAAAGUGACACUGACAUGUACAUAUUCCGGUGAACAAAAAGUCUCCAAAUCAUAUUGUGAAGCUCUUCUCUGCAAAAUGUCCACCUUUAAGCGUAGGAUAUUUCCUUCUUCCAGGAAACAACAACUCAAUGUAUCGUAGUGUUUGAUUUUAUUACCACCCUCUUUGCAAUAAAAUCACUGUUUAGAUA